GUUUUCUGUAGUUUCAUGGAUUUGAAAGGAAAUUUCAAGGCAUCCUCUUGCCACGAUGUGAAGGGACUUGUUUAUUUAUAUGAAGCUUCAUACCUUUCCUUACCAGGUGAGGCUAUCUUGGAGGAGGCACAAAAAUUUUCAUCCAAGAAUCUCAAAGCAUAUCUGAAAAAGGAGAGCAAUUCUAGUACUAGCGGUGAUGAUGCUAAAAAUUAUCAUUUGAAUAUGGCGAGGCAUGCCCUGGAGCUUCCUUUGCAUUGGAGGAUGCAAAGGCUAGAGGCCAGAUGGUUCAUCGAUGUUUAUGAGAAUAGCCCAGAUAUGAAGCCUAUUCUUCUUGAACUUGCAAAACUAGACUUCAACAUCGUCCAAGCUGUUCACCAGCAAGAUUUGAAACGUGCUUCCAGUUGGUGGAAGGGGACAGGUCUUGGUGAAAAGCUGGGUUUUGUGAGGGCCAGGCCGAUGGAGGGCUUCUUAUGGACUGUUGGGGGAGUUUUCGAGCCUGAAUAUGGAUAUUUCAGGAGAAUUCUAUCGCAAGUUGGUGCUCUUAUUACUGUAAUUGAUGAUAUUUAUGAUGUUUAUAGUACUUUAGAUGAGGUGGAGCUAUUUACAGAGGCUGUUGCGAGAUGGGACAUCAUUGAAAUGGAUAAACUUCCGGACUACAUGAAAAUAUGUUUUCUUGCUUUGUACAACUCCAUUAACAAAAUUGCAUUUGAUAGUCUUAAGGAGGAAGAGCUUCACAUCACUCCUUACCUGAAGAAAGCGUGGGCAGAUUUAUGUAAAUCAUACUUAUUGGAGGCUGAAUGGUAUCACAGUGGAUAUAAACCAAGUCUACAUGAAUACUUGGACAAUGCAUGGGUUUCCAUAUCUGCACCACUGCUAUUAGUCUAUGCAUAUUUUGCCGUCCCAAAUCAGAUCACAAAGGAGGCUUCAGAAUGCAUAUUAGAUUAUCCUAAUAUAGUUAAAUGGUCGUCCCUGAUUACAAGACUUGCAGAUGAUUUAGGAACAUCAAAGCAUGAACAAAAGAGAGGUGAUAAUCCAAAAUCAAUUGAAUGUUAUAUGCAUGAAAGUGGAGCUUCAGAAGCAGCAGCUCGUGAACAUAUACAUUAUUUGAUUAGUGAAGCAUGGAAGAAGAUAAAUGAAUAUCAAAUUGGAAAUACAGCAGUCUUCUCGCAAACUUUCAUAAGAAUGGCAAUGAACCUAGCGAGGAUGUCUCAGUGUAUGUACCAACAUGGAGAUGGAUUUGGUGCUCAGAAUCUGGAGACUAAGAAUCGUGUGAUAUCUUUACUUGUUGAACCUGUUUCUCUUACUAGCAAAGACUAGAUAGUUUAGAGCAAUUCAUUUCGUUCGCAACAUUAUCUUAAUAUUUCUAU